AUGGAGAAAGGACUUCCAACACAAGAAACCAAGCUCAUAGUUUUCGAUAUUCAUACAGAGAUUUUUCAACUCAUCCCAAACCCACCUUUUAUUAUCCCUGAUGUCUCUGGUGACAAAAUUGGUGUAUGCAAUCUCGAUCGCCGUCUCUGCAUUUCUCUUUUGAACGAGCAGUGUAAGCAAGAAUUUUGGUGCAGGGCUAAAGACAAGACAAUAUGGGAGAAAAUCUUCACGGUCGACUUGCAUUCUACUUCCGCUUGGUUUGGUGGUAUCACUUCCGAGCCUCUCACACCUUUGGCCAUUUCCAAGGACACCAAUAAGGUCAUCCUCUCGCUUAGCUAUCGAAAAAACCUCGUCGCCUUUGAUCUUCGUCCUCACUCUCCGGUUUAUCACUUGUAUUAUUCUGGUUACUAUGGCGUAGCUGUUGCUUAUUUUCCAAGUUUAUUACUCCCUCGUUGA